UCAACUUCCGGUGUCACGGGGUACCUGGAGACCGAGCGAAAAAGCGGGCACACCGAAAUCUUUAUCGCUUUCUCCAGGGUCGAAGCGUUUGAAAGAGGGAACCAUUUGGCGCAGAAAGAAAGACUAGCUCCGUUCUGUGGGCAUGUAAGCCGCUGGAAUUUGCAUUUAUCUCUCAAAAAGUGUCUCAUUCAUUCGUCGUUUGGCGGGGCUACGCUAGCCGAGCAGCGGGCCUUUUCUUCUGGACUUUGCUACAAGCUAGCAGGCUAAUAUUAGCAGGCUAACCCAUGCGAACACGUUUUCUUUCUCAAUGAUUUCGCUCGUUACGCCGUAAAUAAAUAACCACGCCGCUAAUGUGUGCGCCAGCUAACAUUUUAUGUGUGAUUUAGGCCUGAAACAGACUGCCGAUUGAAGCUAACUUACUGGAACACGAUCGGAGACGCGCUUGUUUCUAAAAGUGUUGUACACUUUGUCGCUAGCAUAAGCUAGCCACCGCCAACUGAACAACGCAGUCCCGGAGAGCGUAGCAGCCUUCAGCUCCGAGAUGUCGGACUUCGACGAAUUUGAGCGACAGCUAUCCGAAAACAAACAAGCUGAAAGGGACAAAGAGAACCGCCACCACCGCCGGUCCUCCUCCCGCAGCCGCAGCAGAGACAGGAAAAGGAGGAGCAGAGACCGGGACAGACGCAGCAGGGACCGCCGGGGUGACAGUAAGGAGCGGAGACACAGACGCAGCUCACCAUCCAGCUACCCCCAGGACAAUGCUGGAAGCCGUUCUCCGCACCGUGAGAAGAAGAAGAAGGUGAAGAAGUACUGGGAUGUCCCUCCACCUGGCUUUGAGCACAUCACUCCCAUGCAGUACAAAGCCAUGCAAGCUGCAGGUCAGAUCCCGGCCACAGCCCUCCUGCCUACCAUGACUCCAGACGGCCUGGCCGUCACUCCAACACCUGUACCUGUGGUGGGCAGCCAGAUGACCCGGCAGGCUCGCCGGCUCUACGUGGGCAACAUCCCCUUUGGCAUCACAGAGGAGUCAAUGAUGGAUUUCUUUAAUGCUCAGAUGCGUUUGGGUGGUCUCACUCAGGCCCCUGGAAAUCCUGUCCUUGCAGUACAGAUCAACCAGGAUAAGAACUUUGCCUUCCUUGAGUUUCGUUCAGUGGAUGAAACAACACAGGCAAUGGCAUUUGACGGCAUCAUCUUUCAAGGCCAGAGUCUUAAAAUUCGCCGUCCCCAUGAUUAUCAGCCACUGCCUGGCAUGAGCGAGAAUCCUAGUGUCUAUGUGCCUGGUACACAGACAAUUAAUGGUUUUUACCCCUCAAGUGUGGUGUCCACAGUGGUGCCCGACUCGGCUCACAAGCUCUUCAUUGGCGGUUUGCCCAACUACCUGAACGACGACCAGGUGAAGGAGCUGUUGACGUCUUUCGGCCCUCUCAAGGCCUUUAACCUGGUGAAGGACAGCGCCACAGGCCUCUCCAAAGGAUACGCGUUCUGUGAAUAUGUUGACGUCAACCUUAAUGAUCAGGCUAUCGCCGGCCUGAACGGCAUGCAGCUGGGAGACAAGAAGCUGCUGGUGCAGAGAGCCAGCGUGGGAUCCAAGAACGCCACUCUGACGAGUAUAAACCAGACUCCCGUCACGCUGCAAGUGCCGGGCCUGAACAGCUCCGUGACUCAGAUGGGGGGCCUGCCCACCGAGGUGCUGUGCCUGAUGAACAUGGUGGCCCCCGAAGAGCUGCUGGACGACGAGGAGUACGAUGAGAUUGUGGAGGAUGUCCGAGAUGAGUGCAGCAAGUACGGCCAAGUGAAGAGCAUCGAGAUACCUCGACCGGUGGACGGCCUGGAAGUACCUGGAACUGGCAAGAUCUUUGUGGAGUUCACAUCAGUUUUCGACUCCCAGAAGGCCAUGCAGGGGCUCACUGGAAGGAAGUUUGCCAACAGGGUGGUGGUGACCAAAUACUGCGAUCCAGACGCCUACCACCGCCGGGACUUCUGGUAGAGGAGGCAUGACGCCACGACGGGAGGAGGAAGAGGAGGAGGAGGAGGAGGGAGGGAGGGAGGGAGGGAUGUGUACUGCCCAAUUCCAAAUCAGCCCCCGGGGAGCGUUGUUCUGCAACAUUUCAGGUGGAUCUGAAUUUAAUACCAAUUUGACAGACGACGUUCGGCGAGACCCAGUUUUUUUUUUGUUUCGGAUCUACAUGAAAUAUCCUGCAGUUCAACCUGAUGUUUGAAAUUCAACAAAGAGGCAAACAGGGAGGGUUUAUAUUCAGUCCAGAACACGGGGGGGGGGGGGGGGGGGGGGGGGGGGCGCGGCUUGGUUUGGGCGCUUGUCGGGUCGAGGGGGGGGUGGGUCCCAGAUUUUUGAGGAGUGUGCGUAAUAAUAGGUCCAGGGUGGGGCCGGGGCGGGGUCGACACUUUUUAUACUUUGUGAGACGGGGAUGUGUUUUCUGGGUGGGGAGGGAAGGGAGGGGGGGGUGCCACACUCUAAGGUUUGUAUUUAAAUGGAGGUAGCCUGUUUUAAGUACAUUAGGGAGGAGCUGCAGUAGGGAGCGUACUGGACGAUUGUGACUGAGACGAGAAGAGAAAGCAAAACGGGAGCGUUGGCUUUGUGAAAGGGAGACGCGGGGAGAUGGAGAGGAAAGAGGAGGGCGUUUUCGUUUGACCAUACGAUGUAGAUAUACAGUAGCCGUAACAUCCACGUGGGUUUUGCCGUCGCCAUUAGAAGAGCAAGAGGAGACUCCUUAUUUUUGGAUUGAAUUUUUCUGUUUGGACUCAUCAGACUGCUGUCCCCCCCCCCCCUCACCCCCCCCCCACCCUCAGGACGAUUGUUAGAGAAUCUGUCGUCUGCUCGGACUCUAUCUGAAUGUCAGCUGUAAUUGUUCUGAUAACUGUGCGUAGCUUCACUGAUUUGAGCUGUAUUAUCACCUUGUAUUCAGGCCGCAGAAUAACACGAACUGCAUAAAAAGAAAAAGAGCAUUUUCAGUACGUAUGUUAUUGUUUCUCUUUUCUUUCUCUUUCUUAUCUACUGUAACUUUUUUCACGUCAAAUGUUUUGUGGACAGCUUUUUUUCAAGGCAAGUGUUUGUCUCAGCAGUUCAGUUCAGCCCGGGUUCAAUUCAAGAGGAAAACAGAUUGGGUUUUAAUGGGGAUAUAUCUCUUCCUUACCAACAAGCCUUAAUGUUAUGUCGAUUCACGAUGAAAAGAAAUCUGGCUUGCCCCCUCCCCGCCCCGCCCAAACCCCCCGCUGUCAAAGAAGUCUGUGUAUUCAUAUUGUGUCACCAGCUUGUUCUUUAGCCGGUCGUCAUUUUUCCUCGUUUCCCAGCAGAUCUGGGAAGCUGGAUGUGUCGGACCUGGUUCUUUUUAUGUGCAACGUCUCACCUCUUUGACAAGACCAAAUAAACACAUGACUAACACCCCCCCACCCCCCAAAACUCAUGUCGUACUGCAGUGUGAAACCAAAACGCCACCUGCUUCGUGCUUUUCUAACGUAAGGUCUGACUGCUUUCCUCUAAUCUACUUAAAAUGAUGCGUGAUGUCUCGACCACAUUAAGGAACUAAUAGUAAAUCCUGAACUACGAUCUCUGCUCAAACUUAUGCUUUGUACAGAAUAAUUAAGGCCUACAAACGAUUAAUUAUCCUCACAAAGAAAUAAAAUACUUUAAGCUUUUUUUUUUGGCCAUUUUUUUUCUUUUUGUUGUUACUGAUUGUGGAUUUUCAUUAAAUGUCAAAGGUUAGCUGUUGAGAUGUUAGAAGCUGUCCUCAGAAGAGACCUGCUUCCUCCCGUCUCCCCCACCGUCUGCCCUGUAUUCCCCUCGGACCACAUGUUCACACUGAGACUUUGAGACUUUGCUUUCGUUUGAUAUGUUUGGUUGCAGAAGAUGGUGUUAAAAAAACAGAGGUUGUGUCCGUGAAAACUCUUGAAAUGUUACUCCUUACUGUCUGACAACAAAUCUGAAUUUUCAGUGUCAUAUAACUUCUUUUCUGUCUCUCUCUGGAAAAUAAAAAUGUGAUUUCUUAAAUGAUUUAAAACC